UUUGCAACCAUCCAGAACAAGUCAAGACAAGCCAGUCAGGCCAGGGCUGAACCACGCUUUGGCUUGCCGCAGCAAUAUGACCAGGGAAGAGGAAGGAAAGACAAGCAGGCCGUUUCUCACUCCCGUUGGACCUGUUUUCUUUGUUCCCUCCGCUUCUGUCACCUCUUUUCCCGUCUUACCAUCUAGUAAGAUAUUGAAAUUCACCCUCUAAUAAAACCACCUCGCUUUUGCUUUCUUGCUUGUGUUGCGUUUUACUUCGUUUCUCUGUCCUCAGGGACUUAUUGUCCCAAGAUACCAUUUGGCGGUUUGGAAUAGAAUCUGACCUGACCUGGCCUGACCACAUUCGACAAACGAGUAUAAACGAAAUCGAACGAUUCACGACAAAGGACCGGUCUUCAAACUAUUUUCAACUCCAACGUGCUGGCCUCCAGAAGCGGACGAGAGGUCUAAGAGAACCUAUUUGAUUCGGGCAUCCCACCAAUCGCCAACACAUAACUGCUGAUUUAGCUAGACAAGACAAGUCAACACCCCAAAAUGGAACGAAUAGCCAACCAAAUUGAUCGGGACGAUACGGGCGAUAUUGUGAAGGACAUGCAAAAUGCACCAUCUUCCACCAAUAUCAAUUUUGCCUCGCCUUCCAGUAAAGGCGACUCCGAGGGUGUUGUUGACGGCUCAGGCAACAGCAACACAGGCGUGGGAGGUUCGAGUUCACAGACCAAAGUCAUUGUCUUUAAUUCCACAAACUUCGCAGACGGUCAUGUCUUUCAGCUCAAGGAUAGUGACCAGAACAAAAAGAUAAUCGGCUUUUCCAAGACCGACUCCAAAACCACGCUCGAUGUGGUCCAAUGGCAGGUCAUCAGCGGCGACAACAUUGAGCCUUUGGGUGAUGCCGAAUUCAGCGAUGCGAAGCCCGAUAGACAACUCAUAGAUGUUGACAACAAUUCUGUGACGCUCAACUUUGAAGGCGAAACCUCGAAGUAUUACGGAAAAGAGAUGUACAUUCAGAUUGACUGGAAGAAGGAUGGAGCUUCAGGCUACACCAAAACAGAACUCUUCACUGUCACCAAUACCGACAACACCACCGAGCUCACUGAACUAAAUAACCAACUCAAGAAGGAUCAAAGUCAACAGGAGACCUUAGAAUCUACCACUUCCUCAUCCUCAUCAGCAACAGCCACCCUUUCGCCUUCGUCGACUUCAGGGGCUGAAGAGAACUCCGGUGGUGGUGACGGCGGCGGCGGGCUCUCAACCGGCGCAACUGCUGGCAUUGCCGUUGGUGCCGUUAUUGGUGGUCUUCUCAUCAUCAGUGCACUGGCAUGGUUCUUUCUUCGCAGGCAUCGACGCAGCAAGCAGGCUGGUGAUGAGUAUGUCACACAGCAAACAUACGCAGUGGACAAGGAAACUCAUGGCCGUGCUACCGAUUCACCCAACUCGCCCUACUCAGAUGAAAACCAUAUGCAACCUGUUGCUCUCGGUAGCCUCGAUCGUGAUCGUGGUGUCGCUCCAACUCCCCCACCCGGCGGCGUGCCUCGUUCAUCCAUCGGUUCCCAUGAUCGUGCAGCACACAGCGGCGCUCAGACACCUCAGGGCAUGUCAUCCAACGUGGCUCACUUGGUCGAAGAUGGUAUGACAGUCGAUGAGAUUCGAAGAUUAGAGGAAGAGGAGCGGCAACUGGAUGAUGAAAUUGAGCGUGCCGCGAGACGAUAGUGCCGCCUCGCAUGGGCGAAAGCCAUCUGUAGACCAGAGAAAUCCGGGCCCCACGGGAGGCAUUGACUCCUGGUGCGGGUGUGUUAUGGGGUUUGGAGUUUUGGAUUAUGACAUAUCUUGUUCUUACGGUCACUUCUUGGGUCGCCUACGUAGCCUGCUUAGUUUUGUUCAUCGUAACGGUGCUGUGUAUUCUUGGCUUGUUGACGGCAUAGCUAGUCCGUUAUUGAUCAGAUGCAGGCCUACCCAGAGAGAUGCCACAGAUUUCUUUUGCCAGAUUGGCAAAGGCCCCAAACUUUUCACGAUAUCUUGCGUGACGUUUGCUUGUUGCAGCGAUUAUAAAAACAUGGAAUUUGGUGCUAUCAUAAACACAAUUAGCGGGAAAACGUUGAUGGCGUGGCGCAGUCCUUGUAGCGAGAGCGUUUUAGUUAUAUCGUGAAUAAUUGACACCAGAGCGGUAACUGAUCAAGCUAUUAUUCAUACAUUUCCAGCCCACAGGUGCUGUGAAACUGCAAAUCUUUAUCGCAAACUCGCACCCAGUGAUUAAGAAACCCUGUAAUUUUACUUUACAACGUCAACGACUCAUACCGGCAUCAAUGCCUUCCUUGCAAAGUCCUAACACAAAACGCAGGCCAAGUUCCCCUUUUUCG